GGUUACGGCUGUGAGAGAGCUCGUCAUCUUUGUCUUUGCUGUUUGCAGCUAAAGCCGCUUACAAUUUGCCACUCGGUUCUGGUUUAUAACAUCGUCGAUGUUAUGAAAAAAUAUUAAAAUCGCUGGGAAUUAAUUGGCAAAAUAAAAGUUUUUAAUUUGGCCAAAUAAGGAAUACAUCCUUUGGUUUUGCUAAAGUGUCGACGAAAAGUACCCGAUACCAUUUUAUUGUUGUGGUGUUAAUUGUGCUCAAGUAAAAGUCAACGCGUGGCUGAACGGCUUUGGUUAUGUGCUAGGUAUUGUUAUAACAACCUGUGAUUUUGAGUGGCAUUUUUGGAUUAUCUUGUGUCGUGUUGGUUUGGAAAAAUAAUAGUAAUUAAGCGGCCGUUUUAACAUUCGAUGGAGUAUUGAAAAGAAUUGGAUACUGCGAAAAAAUUGACCUCAAUACUAGUCCAUUGUACUGAAUAUAUGUUGAAAUACUUGGCAGGAAUAUAUAUUGUUUGUAAUUGAUCUGGAAUAACCGCUCGAGUCAAAUAUGAGUUACAACAUUAGCACAUAUUACAAAAAGGUAGAGAAGGAUCGUAGUAAUGAAAUCUCUGCUGUAAGUCCUAAUCAGAGCGAGCAAUCUAAUGGCCACAAGAGCAAAAGUGGCCACAAGAGCUAUAAAAUGCACAAUACCUCAACACAUCGUCAAAGCAAACUGCCUUAUAGUAUAGAAAAUCGUAGAAAAAUUGCAACAGUUGAUGAGAACUGCAACGCAACGCCAAUUUAUGCAACGUCCUCUUGGUUACAGCCAGCAACAACAUCAAGAGCAGCACAAUAUAAACACUUGUUAGAGGCCUCACCGUCAAAGUCUACAGUUACAACAUUGGAAACUACUGAUAUAUCAGCGAUUGAAGUGCCGUCAUCUACGUCACCAUCAUCUUCGUCUAUCGAUUCGGUCUUGUUACGCGGCUGGUCUCCAGUGCCGACCACAUCGACAGAUACCUCACAUUGGUUUGCCAAAAUGAAUAAUCGGAAAGAUAUCAGGAAGCGUAAGAGACAGGAGUCAGUUAAUGAAGCGCAAGAUGAUCCUGACCUUGGCUGCGAUCUACCGUCGGCUAAGCGCAAGCAAACACUACCCUCGCCCUACACAAGUGAUGUCAGUUCAGUGGCGUCAUCGGUGUAUCCAUCGCCAAUAGAUGUGUUCUCUCAUGAAAUCGACACGCGCAGUUCAUGCGACUAUCUCUCGGCAGGCACCGACUUCGAGGCCACCGCGGAUUGCAUACCCGACAGUCCGAGCAGUUUACGUCCAGACGAUGAGACUGUUGACGAUGAUGAAAUUGUAUCUGCAACGACAUCACCAUCAUCGGAAUGUUCGAGGAGUUGUUCCAAAGAUGCCCGUCACUUGUACGGCAUACACGCCGUUACCCAAUUAGGCGAACGUACGCCUGGCCAAAUUACUCAAAACAUUACAAAUGUCGAAACAAAGUUGUCGAAGGCUUACGACGACUACACGGGCACACCAUACAACUGUAUGACACCGGCCGCGGAACCAGAUGAGUUGCGACAAUGUCCUUUACCGGCGUUAAGUUGGGCCAAUGCGUAUGAUGUUUGGCAGCUUAUGUGUAAGAAGGAUCAAGAAGCAGCGCGCUUGCGCUCGGGUUCAAUGUUGGAGCGACAUCCCAGCCUACAGCCGCGUAUGCGUGCCAUCCUGCUCGAUUGGUUGAUUGAGGUGUGUGAGGUAUACAAACUCCAUCGAGAAACCUAUUAUUUGGCUGUGGACUACUUGGACCGUUAUCUGAGGGCGCAAAAGAAUGUACAAAAGACACAUCUGCAGCUGAUUGGCAUCACAUGUCUUUUUGUGGCUGCAAAAGUUGAAGAAAUCUACCCGCCCAAAAUUGGUGAAUUCGCUUAUGUGACGGAUGGUGCAUGCCAGGAAUCAGAUAUAUUGCAGCAUGAAGUGCUGCUACUACAAACGCUCAAAUGGAGCAUAAAUCCAGUUACACCAAUGGGCUGGUUAGGCGUCUACAUGCAGUUGAAUGUGAACAACCGGACACCGGCAUCGUUUAAGCGCAACACAACCAAAACCAAAUCAACGACGGCAACAGACGAGACAGAUAAGAAUGAUGCCUUUAUUUACCCGCAAUUUUCCGGAAUGGAGUUUGUACAAACUGCGCAAUUAUUGGACUUAUGCUCACUGGAUUUGGGUAUUGCCGACUAUGGCUAUUCCAUUAUUGCUGCUGCGGCCAUGAGUCACACCUUCAAUAGAGAGAUUGCGCUUCGCUGUUCGGGAUUCGAUUGGCAAACGAUUGAGCCAUGCGCGCGCUGGAUGCGACCAUUUUUCGAAGUGGUACGAGAAGAGUCUAACUACCUGCCCAUGUUGGAGCAAAAUGAACAACUCACAAAUCGUUUCGGUUUGGGACAUAUAUGCCCCAAUAUUAUUACCGACGAUUCGCAUAUAAUACAGACACACACUAUAUCAAUGGGCAUGUUUGAUCGCACUGCACAGUUACAAGAGCUUGCUUUGGCAACUAAAAACCGCACGGAGGCCUCUCCAGCUACCGGUUUAUUAUGCCCGGAUGGUUUGCUGACGCCACCGGCGUCUAGUCGAAAACCGGUCGAUGCGACAGAUGUCGAUGAAGAUCACGAUCCGAAUGCCGUUCAACGGUUGAAAAACACCACCAAUGCAACAUGUAAAAACUCAUUAGCCAAAUCUACAAACUCAGCAAUUGAAGUUGAAGUCAGUGCAGAAAAACAUGUGCUCACGUAAACCUCAAGUAAAAUAAUACAUAGUAUAUAUAACUUAAAACAGUCUAAUCAAGUAAAUUAUUCAAAAUAUUAUAAAUACCACAAAUUACACGUUUAAACGUUUAGCAAAAUUAAAAUUAAUUUUAGUCAUUAAUGUAGUAGUCAAAUAAAAACGGAAAUAAUUUUAAUGUUUCUAAGGCUUAUAUUUAAACAACUAAAAUACCAUGUAAAUAAUAUUAAUAUUAACACACUUAAAGUAAUUAACUUUAGCGAGCCGUUGAUUUUAGAGUUAACUUUGCUUGCGAACAUAUUUUAGAGCAAAUGAUAAAUGUGCCGUUUUUAGUUGUUAUUGUUUCAAGUAGCUGAUGUCUUAAAUAUAUAGUAUAUCUACAAUUUUAUGGUGCACAGCAACCGCUAUAAAGAUCACAUUCAAAUGUAAAAGCAGUGAAGUAAAGAAAAAAUUUAUAUAAAAUCACGUGUGUGGAAUCUGAAUCAUUUCAUAAGCUUGAGCAACCAUCAAAAAUAACAUGUACUAACAAAUCAUCUUUCCACAAGAUUUUAGGUUCACACUUUCUUUUACUAACACACUAACAUAGUUUGUUAUAAGUUGAGGGACACAUAUACCCAUCGCUUUCAUGUUUCAGCAAAUCGUAGAAAUCAACUGUGUGAAAAUCACUCACAUUUCAAAAUCAGCAUCAUUUGAAACCAUGGAAAUUAACAUAUUAACUAGCAAAUCAUAUUUCCACAGUAUUUCAGGUCAUUAUUUCUUUAUUAACUCACUAACAUAGUUCGUCAUAAGUUGAGGGACACAUAUUUUCAUCGAUUUCAUGUAUUGCUUUAUGACUUUCACACACACACACACACACACACACACAUAUAUAUUUAUAUCUUUCAAACACAGAUUUUAUUGUAUAACUUGUAUAACUGCUAUCCAACAUCAACUAUCGAAGACGCGAAUAUCUCAUAAUUACAUAGUCAUAAUAUUGUAACAUUCCAAAAACUACAUUCGAUGAAAAGUUUGAAAUUUUCCUCAGUUAUUUCAUAAAUACAUAUAAAUUUACGUCUUUCAUAGCUGAUGUUAUGCAACCAUAUUUUGUAAAUCGACACAAGCUAAUUAAAGGUGCAUAAAUAAAAGGCUCAAACAAAAACUGAACUGAACUGUUAAGGUUUAAACCAGCAUAUGCAAAUAGCGAAAUAUAAAUAGUUUUUUAUUAUAUGGAAAAAGGCAUGAAGAAAGGAGACUUUCUGUUAUUUUCCGCUGUUAAGUGUAAGAAUAACCAAUGAAUUUAAAAAAGUAAAGUACGCUGAUAAACGCUAUCUAUCAUCGGACUGUACCAAAUCUGUUUAAGGAUUUAAGCACGACACAUCGUUGCUUCAACUUGUUGCAUGAAACCUAUGCAUGUAAAUAGGAAAAAUAAUCUAAAAUAGUUUGUAAGUUAUUAAACUAUUGUAUAUAUACUCUUUUAAGCUAAGAUACAAAAAACUCUACAAAAAUUUACUAUUUGCUUAACAGCUCAUUCUGUGCGCUUUACCCAUUUAUAUAAUAUAUACAUACAAUUUUUGAA